UGGGCGCCUCCCCCCGUACUGUGAGAGUAGUAGAACCAGGAAGUGACAGGAAUGGCUCGGUAGGCCCGGUGGGUCACGGACAUGGCGACUGAUUCCAGCCAGCUGCCUACUGUGCUGUUGUCCGUGCGAGCCUGGCGGGAGAGUCCAGGCCGGGAGGAGCUGAUGCUGCAGCUGAGUGUGGAGCCGGAAAAUGCCAGAGACUUUAGGCUGUCUGUGCGGAGGUUAGAGGCGGCCCGCGGCCUGGGGAGUACGAUUGCAGAAUUUAAGCUGAAAGAUGUAAAUUACACAACACGGUGCAGUAGGAGCCAUGAGCUCAGCGUUCCGGGGAAGCCUGGUUGUCCCAUGAUCUUUCACUUUGAGAGCGAGCACGAUGCGCUGCAGUGGUGGAAUGUUGUAAGCAGCUGUCUCAGAGAAGUUCUAAAAGCUGCACAGAAUCAUGGCAGUGUUCUGUUAAAUAAGCAUGUUGCCAGCAGUAGCCCAGUGAAGGGGCUGUCUACAGAUGCGGUACCUGCCAUGACUCUCGCUGAUAUGCCUACAAAAGAUGUUUCAAGACUAUCAGUUUCAUCCGAGUGUUCAGCGGUGGAUCAUUGGCCAGUGUCUUUGCUUGGAUGAUAGGACAGUUGGCUCAUAUGGUAUAAAAAAAGACGGAGACACUGCAUUUUUGUACCUGCUCUCAGCAAAACAGGCAAAACUGAAUGUGCAAGAUCAGUAUCUGAGCUACCAAAAUCCUUCACUUUUUACGAGUCCCAGUUUGAUGGGUGAGACGAAAUUCCACACACUCCCUCCCCGGCCUCCUCCAAAGAAUGUUGCGCAGAAAAAACGGCGGAAUGAUGAGGGUCAAAUUGUAGAUUUAGUCAAUGUCGUCCAAAAUUUGCACCUUGAAAUAGACAAACUAAGCAAGAAUAGUAGACCACCUCUUCCUGCGGCACCACCCUCACCUGCCCAGCCAGGCUGGCCUUGUCCUGUUUGCACUUACAUAAAUAAGCCAACUCGUCCUGGGUGCGAGAUGUGCAGUACCGAGCGCCCGUUGGACUAUGUAAUCCCCGUUCAGUACACACCUGAUGAAAUCGAACGAAGGAGAUUACAACAGGAGCAGGAAAGUUUGCAGCAGUACAACCAGGCUCGGGAAGCAGAGAGAUUAGAGAAUUUUAUGCAUCUUCUACAACUGGAUAAUGAGGUUUUGAUCCCAAACCAAGAAGCCAUUGAGUGUCUCAUCUGUUACACAGCGGUUCCUGCUGGAGAAGGGGUGCUGCUCCGAGAGUGUCUGCACAGCUUCUGCAGGGAAUGUUUACGGCAGGUGGUUAACUGUUGUGAAGAUCCUGAGGUAUCGUGCCCCUUCCGAGAUGACACAUACGCCUGCUACAGUAAGCUCCAGCAGAGAGAGAUACGCGCGCUGGUGACACAAGAGGAGUACAGCCGCUUCCUGGAGCGUGGACUGGUGGUGGCAGAAAGUCGAAGCCAAAACAGCUACCACUGCCGCACAGCCGACUGCAAAGGAUGGUGCAUCUACGAAGACUCUGUCAAUGAAUUUAGCUGCCCCAUCUGCCACGCUCAGAACUGUCUUAUAUGCAAAGCCAUACACGAUGGAAUGAACUGCAAAGAAUACCAAGAUGACCUGCGCAUUCGUGCUCUGAAUGAUGCAGCGGCCCGGCAGACCAAUGACAUGCUAAAGACACUGGUGCAGACGGGCGAGGCAAUGUACUGCCCUGUGUGUAAGAUUAUUGUCCAGAAGAAAGACGGCUGCGACUGGAUCCGCUGUACCAUGUGCCAAACAGAGAUUUGCUGGGUGACAAAGGGUCCUCGGUGGGGGCCAUUGGGUCCUGGUGACACUACUGGAGGGUGUCAGUGUAACGUGAACGGAAAGAGGUGCGACCCCAGGUGUCAGAAUUGUCACUAAGCACAACAGUGGUGACUCCGCGUUUAGCUGAAGCAAAACAUCCGAGACUGAGAAACUGGAAAGUUACAUCUCAUAAGUAACUGACAGCUGAUCCUUCUCACCUUGUUCGUGUGACAUGAUGGGAACUUGUACCUCUGGGUUUUAUUCUGAAUCUCCAGCUUUGCGUGCACUGUCCAUUUUUUCUGUGUAUAAAGUCAAAUUAGCUUUAUUCAGGGACUUAGAGCAUUUCAAUGCUACUGCUUCACACAGGGUAUUUAGCAAUACCAAAAAUAGUUGCCCAGUCAUGGCCUAUUGCCACAGCUGACAUUAAGGUGACUUACUGCUUAUGCCUCGUUAUAUUACAUUUGUAUCAUGUUACUGACUUGGUUUUGUUUUUUCUUUUUGCCAUUAGAACGACCUACUUGCACUAACAUAAAGAACUUUUACUGAGAUGCCUGACAGCGCAACUGUAAUGGUUUAUGGCGUCUUGUUCUGCGUAUGUGCAGAAAAUAACAGUAGCUUUAGUUAUAGGUUGUUAAUAUGUCACAUGACCUUGGCUACCUGAGACCUGCAGCAUGCCUUUCUGGAAACCAAGGGGUUAAAUGUAAUUAAUGUUGCAUCUCUAAUAGCCAUAUAUUUUCAAGGCAGCCCCUUUUUAGUAACAGAAAGGGCUUUCAAUGCAAAAAAACAAGGAAUAGAAAAUGAUAACCCCUCCAGCCGUGAUAUGGAUCAAUAUGGCAACUUUUGUCAUGGUCUAGAAAGUAAAGUUAGAUUUGAAACAAAACAUUUGCUAAUUAUCUAAGUUUGGGGUUUAAAAACAUCUUUACUGUGUGAAGGAAAUGCAUAAUCUGCAACUUGGAAACUUGUCUGAAACCAUAAAACCAGCUAGUGCUCCACUCAAUAAUGUAAAUAUCAAUACAAGACGUGAUUGAACUGGUCUUCUAUUCAGUACAUGAAACAAUAAGGAAAGGUAUCCUGUUUAAUCAUCAUUUUAUUUAUGUGAUUUAUUUAACUGAUAAUUACACAAUAGUAUUUAAAUAUCCUGAGAAUGUGCAGUCUUUCACCAAAAUAGAAAAAUAAUACUAAAUCUGUGGCUGGUUUCUCAAAGAGGAUGGCAUUUUAGAAAAUAUUCAGAAAAAAGGCCAAGUUAAUUUGGGCUUCAAGUAAUGGUAAAUUUCAGACUUUAAGAAGGUGGCAACAAUAAAUCUAUUAGUUUGCAAUCAAAA